AUGGGGUGCUUCCAGUCCGUGCCCAACAAGCCGCCUCCCGGAUACGAGGACCCCGCCGUGCUGGCUCGGGAGACCGCGUUUAGCGAGAGCGAGGUGGAGUCGCUGUACGAGCUGUUCAAGCGGAUAAGCAGCUCGCUAAUCGACGACGGGCUUAUUCACAAGGAGGAGUUUCAGCUAGCGCUGUUCGACAACAGCGAGAGGGAGAACUUGUUUGCAGAUAGGGUGUUUGAUUUAUUUGACGUGAAGCGCAAUGGUGUGAUUGAGUUCGGGGAGUUUGUGCGCUCACUCAGCGUCUUCCAUCCCCGUGCUCCCACCCCUGAUAAAAUCGCCUUUGCCUUCCGUCUCUAUGACCUGCGGUGCACUGGAUUCAUUGAGAGAGAAGAGGUGAAGCAGAUGCUAGAGGCGCUGCUAUCGGAAUCCAGCUUCAACCUCUCAGAUGACAUGCUAGAGCAGAUCCUAGACAAGACAUUUGAGGAGGCGGAUCAGAACCACGAUGGGAAGAUAGACCAGGAGGAGUGGCGGGUGCUGGUGGAGCGACACCCCUCGCUGCUGAAGAACAUGACCCUGCCUUACCUCACGAACAUCGCCGCAUCCUUCCCUUCAUUUCUUUUCAACCACGAUGCCAACUCUUCAACCUCCUAG